CAAAGAGGACCAGCAGUGUGCCAACAAUCUUCCCACGAAAAGAAGAAGACGACAACGAAGAAGAGGAGGAGGAAGUGAAUGAACACACAAGUAAGGAGGCGCUUUAAAAUGAAGAAGCGUAUUUAUUGUCACUUGCAAUGACGCAGUGUGUCGUUGUUCAAGUCGGACAGUGCGGCAACCAGAUCGGUUGUCGUUUUUGGGAUCUUGCUUUGCGCGAGUACGACAACUACAAGAAAAGCGGCCUGUACGACGACGCCACCGGCGCCUUUUUCCACGCGGCGGACUCGAGGAGCGUCGAGGAUGGGCGAUCCCGACAGCUCAAAGCUCGAGCGGUGCUGCUGGACACGGAGGAGGGUGUGAUCGGUGAGAUCCUGCAAGGCCCUCUAAGAGGACUGUUUGACAGGACUCGGCUCGUCACAGGAGUGUCGGGCGCAGGCAACAAUUGGGCCGUUGGACACCUGACCUAUGGCGCCACCUACAGGGACAAGAUAGUCGAUCAAGUGAGGAAGGCCGCAGAAGAGUGUGACAGCCUGCAGUCGUUUUUUCUUAUCCACUCCAUGGGAGGGGGUACGGGUUCCGGGCUCGGGACCAAAGUCCUGGGCCUUCUCAAGGAUGAGUUCCCGGAGGCGUGUCGCAUCGCCGUCCCCGUCUUUCCGUCGCCGGAGGACGAUGUCGUCGUGUCGCCUUACAACAGUUUGCUGGCCGUGAGGGAGCUCACCGAGAACGCCGACUGCGCGGCGCUCGUCGGAAACCGGGCCCUGCUGGACAUUUUGAACACGGAAGCAAAAUCCCACGGCGGACCGAACUCGAAAUCUGCGAGGAAGCGCCAGAGAGGGUCGGAGAGGCCUUUCGAUGCAAUGAAUAACAUUGUUGCCGACAUGUUGCUCGAUAUGACCGCUCCUGCCCGUUUUGAGGGUUCCCUCAACAUGGAUCUGAAUGAAAUCGCCACCAACCUGGUUCCUUUCCCGCGAUUGCACUACCUGGUCCCGAGCGUCAGUCCCGUCAGAACCGUCUCCGCGCCGGCCCCGAGCGGAGGACCGGAUCGGCUCUUCGGCGACGCCUUCGCCAAAGGCCACCAGUUGAUCAAAGCGGAGCCGAAGCGCGGCCUCCACCUCGCCUGCGCCCUCGUGCUCAGGGGCAACGUUCAAGUGUCGGACCUGCGCAGGAACAUCGAGAGCGUCAAGCCUCUGUUGCGCUUCGCCUCGUGGAACCCGGAAGGCUGGAAGACGAGUAUGUGUUCCGUGCCCCCCGUGGGCCACUCGCAAUCGCUGUUAGCCUUGGCCAACACCACCGGCGUGAAGGCCACCUUCGUGGAGCUGAGCGCACGCUUCGCCACUCUUUACAGGAAGAAGGCGUACUUGCAUCAUUACCUGCAAGUGGAGGGCAUGGAGCGGAGCUUCUUUUCAGAGGCCCUGACGUCUCUGCGCUCUUUGAUUGACGAAUAUCGUCACCUCGAUGCUGGCGCGGGGGAAUGCAUACCCGUGGCGGCGAGAUUAAACAUCGCUAAAUAAAGUGCUAUUAGUCAACACGGCAUCGUUUUGGCUCGGCUCGUGGACUUCACGCAACGGGGUGUUUGAAUGCGUUAUUGGGAUACACCAGUCAUGAAUUGUAAACAAUUGCCAAAUAAAUCGAAUUGUAAACCAGCGUGGGCUACACUAUGCGCUCUGUCAUUCAACGCAGGUCUGAGAACAACAACAACAAAUUCCCGGUGUGCCAGUGUGAAGCGAGCUACGGUUUAUUUUGAUUGUGGAGGAAGAUUUUAGGAUUGUAUUAUGUUUUGUGUAUGUUUUUGUUUUGUGUACAUCACAUUCAUUUGUA